UACGCAAUUUCCGCUAGUUUUAACACCGCGCCACCGGAGAGCAGCUGAUAAACAACCGCGUUACCUCGAUAUCGCCAUUCCUUUGUUCGUCUUCAGCGUUAGCUAAAACCUUAGCCACGACGAUGGCUGAUAAGAUGAGUAUGUCUCUGGACGACAUUAUCAAGCUCAAUAAGAAAGGAGGAAGCGGCCGCCAAGGAGGAUCGUCCAGGAACGGUGGGAGUUCAGGUCGGGCCGGUGGAUCGUCGAGGCCGAUGCGGAGUCGACAGAAUAACUUCAACCGUGAGAGAAACAACAGAACCACACCGUAUACCAGGCCCAGAGAGUUGCCAGACAAAUGGCAGCAUGACAUGUUUGAGGAGCACGUUGGUGGACGCAGAGGUCAAAGUGCAGGAGCAGAAAGAAGUGUAGAAAGUAGUAGUGGCAAGCUGCUGGUUUCCAAUCUGGACUUUGGCGUCUCUGACUCAGAUAUCAAGGAGUUGUUUGCAGAGUUUGGGACAUUACAGAAAGCAUCUGUGCACUACGACCGGUCUGGUCGCAGUAAAGGGACUGCAGAUGUUCACUUUGAGACUAAGGCGGAAGCACUCAAAGCCAUGAAGCAUUAUAACGGUGUCCCACUUGAUGGCCGUCCCAUGAAAAUCCAACAAGUGACUUCAGAUGUCGACACAGAGAGUAGACCGUCUACACAAAGUUCAACCAGAGGGUUUGACCGCAGCAGGCUUGGACAGCCCAAGGUUGAAAGGAAUGAAUGGAGUAAAGGGGGAGACCGGGGCGAAAGGAGGCAAGGUGGCAGCAGGGGAGGUUUCAGGGGUCGGGGAAGAGGAGGUGGAAACAGACCCCAACUUUCUGCAGAGGAGCUGGAUGCCCAGUUGGAUGCUUACAAUGCCAAAAUGGACACCAGUUAGAAGAGGAUGCCGCUCCUGUUUUUUUGUUUUUUUUGGUCGAUCGGAUAUGAUGGAUUGGACCUUAUUACACUUUUUGUUGUGUUUUUAAACCAUUUUUAUUAAAUUGAGAUU